CCAAGAAGCAGAAUGGCCGAGAGCAGAGGCAGCAUCGCCUUCUUCGCGAGCUACAGGCCGCCGCUGGCGCUGGACAUAUUCUGCUGCCCAGCUCCGCCGUCCCGUCCGCAGGACGAGCUGCACCUGACGGACGGCGACUCCUACAACUACAACUGCCGGCCCAUCCCGCCGGCGGCUCUCAAGACGAUCGUGGAGCGACUCGGCGUGUCCCGCGGCGACGCCGUCGAGGACGACAUCGACUCGGGCCGCAUCACCGGCCUCGUCUUCGUCUCCGACAGGGAGCGCAACCUUGAGACUCUCCACAUCGCGCUGCGCUUCGCCGACGACGGCGAGGUGUAGGUGUUCUCGCUGGCGGACGCCUACGGCGCCGACGGCAUGUUCGGUGGCGCCCGCAUGGAGGACAGCGGCUGCGUUGCCGGCGGCUACGAGGUGGAUGGCCGCACGGUUGACCACCACCUUGUGUAUGUGUCCACCAAGGAGCCGGUGCAAGAACGCCGCAGCCCGUGGAACGUCGCUUACAAGACCAAUCUGAGAACCGGCGAGACUCAUCGCCUCACUCCACCAGGGACAUCUGAUCUUAGCCCGUCUGCGUCACCGUCCGGGAAGAAAGUAGCGGUGGCUUCAUUCCAAGGGAAGAAAUGGGACGGCGAGAUCAAGAACCUCAAGACCAACAUCUACGUGAUGAGCUUGGAGAACCCGUCCCAGGAUCGCGAGCGCGUGAUCGAGAACGGCGGCUGGCCGUCAUGGGGCAGCGAGGACGUGAUCUUCUUCCACAGAAAGGACGACGACGACGGGGACCAGAGGCAGGGCAGCUGGGGCGUGUUCCGGCACACCCUGAGCACCGGCGAGACCGUCCGUGUCACGCCGGCGUCGUUCGACGCGGUGACUCCGGCGGCCGUCGACGAGACCAGGGUGGCGGUGGCGACCAUCCGCCAGAAGUCCGAGUUCAGCGACGUCCGGGUCGAGGCGCAGUACCGGCACAUUGAGGUUUUCGACAUGAGCUCGCCGGAGCCGUUGCAGAUCACUCGGAACACCAGGCCAAAAGCCGACCAUUUCAACCCCUUCGUGAUGGACGGUGGCAAGCUCAUUGGCUAUCAUCGCUGCAAAAGCGAGCGUCUCCAGCACGGCGAUGAUCUUCCGAGAAAAUUUCACAAGGUGCAGUCCCCACACGAAGACGUUGGUGUCUUUAGGGUGUCUGGUGUGUUCCCAACAUUUUCCAAAGAUGGCUCUAAGCUUGCGUUCGUUGACAACGAGUUCAAAUCCGUGUGGGUCGCCGAUAGCCAAGGACUGCGUGUCGUCUUCAAGACUGAUGGACCAGACGGCGUAUUCUCACCACUGUGGAAUUCCAAGAAGGACAUACUGUAUGUGUGCAUGGGACCUUCUUUUAAAGCCAGUGCAACGUUGGAAAUCCAUUCCAUACACAACGUAUCCACUGGUGACCGGAAGUCGCGGCAGCUAACAUUCGGAGGAUUCAACAACGCCUUCCCCUCCACCAAUCCAGAUGGAACGAAAUUUGUUUUCCGGUCAACGAGAAAUGGAGGUGCCAAAUACUACAAGAAUCUGUACAUAAUGGAGGACGCCGACGCCGGAGAAGGCGAGGACGGCCAGCUCGUGACGCGUCUGACCGUCGGCGACUGGAUCGACACGCACUGCCAGUGGUCUCCCAACGGGAAGUGGAUCGUGUUCUCGUCGAACCGCGACAGGCCGGCGGACGCGCCGGAGCGCGACCACGGCCUGGACCCGGGCUACUUCGCCGUCUACCUGAUGGACGCCGCCGACCGGUCGGUGGUCAGGGUGAUCAGGAGCGGCUACGACGUCGCCGGCCACGUGAACCACCCGGUGUUCAGCCCGGACUGCCGGAGCAUCGCCGUGACGGCCGACCUCGCCGCGGUGUCCGCCGACCCGAUGUCGCUGCCGCUCUUCCUGCACUCGGUCAGGCCCUACGGCGACAUCUUCACCGUCGACAUCGACCCGGACGACAUGGCGAGGAACAGGGACGUCGAGAGGUUCGUCCGCAUCACGCACAGCAGGUACGAGAACUCCACGCCGGCGUGGACCGUCUUCUCCACGCACGACCCGCACGCGCAGUGGAACCUCCUCGUCGUGGAGGACGAGCACGUCCCGUCGUGCCCGUACGCGCAUCGUGACGGGGGUGAGAGCUGGCACAUGACCGGCCAGAUUUGCAUCCCGAAAAGGCACUGUUAAUUCUAUCCAUAUAUAUGCUGUGCUUACAUAUCAUCUUGAAGAAACUGUGUUUCUUGUUCGGAAGAGUUGUUAGCUUGCUUAUCGAUAUUUAUCGGAAGAUGUUUUCCGGAUUUGCUUGGAUGUACAAUGUGUGUAUGAAUUGUUUGAGAUGUAUUGUUUGUUUAUCACUACAGAGAUGUAUUUUUCAAAGACA